AUGACAGAUUUCCAAUUUCAAGAUAUCAAGACGGAUGGAUUUUGUGGAUUUAGAGCUGUAGCGACCAUAAUUUACGGGUCUGAAGAUAAUUAUUGUCGAAUCAAGAAAGAGAUGAUGGCAACUUUAGAGGAUGAAAAAUACAGGGGACUUUAUAAGCAAAUGGGUAUUAUGGUCGAGAAAAAAGGGGACGACCAGUUUUACGAUUUAGAGAAAAGAGUACGAUUUGGGCGUGAGGGUGAAGAAAACACGGCACCUAUUGAGUAUUUCUUUACUUCGCCAGGCUGUCUCCAAGUCUGUGCCGAUACAUAUGAUGAAAGCUUCGUUUUAGUAGACAGUGAGAAUGUAUGUAAUUCAUACAGCUUGGUCCCCCUUUUUUCUAAGAAACGUUUGAUCAAACCUCUGGUGAUCAAAUUUAUGUUACUGGAUGACCGUGUAGCUUGUUUUUGUGAGAAAUGCACAACGCGUGGCUUAAAAUACACCUUUGUCAGCAGAAAGACAAGAUAUAAUCACGAGAGAGAUAGUCGCAUUGAUUUUAAGCAGAAACGCCAGGAAUACAAAAAAGAAAUGGGCGACCGUAAACUUGUUUACAAUAUCCCCACUCGCCAAACUAUUUCAAUUGAUACUGAUAUGAAUAAUUCUGCAUCUAAUGAUGAUGAGAUAAUGAUUGAAGACGGUAAAACAAAUGUUAUUUUCUGA